AUGGUAAGCGUAGAUCCGUUAGCUGGUGAUAGAUGGCGAAGCGUUCGUCGACUCACUGAUCGUGCAACACCAUAUUCAGUGCCAUGGUUUGAACCAGGACCAGAAAAUUUCGAGUCGCUUCAAAAAGCUCGAGUUCUAGUCAUCGGUGCCGGCGGUUUAGGAUGCGAAUUGCUAAAAAAUCUGGCACUUAGUGGAUUUAGGAACAUUGAUGUCAUCGAUAUGGACACAAUCGACGUCUCAAAUUUAAAUAGGCAAUUUUUAUUCCGCGAGUCAGAUGUUGGCAAAUCGAAAGCCGAGGUUGCUGCAGCAUUUGUGCGAAAUCGUGUGGACGGAUGCACUGUGACGGCGCACAACUGUCGGAUUGAGGACAAAUCACCGCAAUUCUAUCGGCAAUUCUCAAUGGUAAUAUGCGGUCUCGACUCGAUCGCCGCUCGUCGAUGGAUCAAUUCGAUGCUGUGCGAUUUGGUGCAAAUCGACGAUAAUGGCGAAAUCGAUCCGCAAACGAUUAUCCCAAUGGUGGAUGGUGGAACCGAAGGGUUCAAAGGAAACGCGAGAGUGAUCUACCCGAAAAUGACAGCAUGUAUAGAUUGUACUUUAGAUUUAUUUCCUCCGCAGGUCAACUUCCCAUUAUGCACGAUCGCCCAUACGCCAAGGCUCCCAGAGCACUGCAUUGAAUAUAUCAAAGUAGUCGUUUGGCCCAACGAGAAACCAUUCGAUGGAGCAAAUUUGGAUGCAGACGAUCCGAAACACGUUGAAUGGGUGUUUCAAAAAGCAUCGGAACGCGCGAAACAAUUCGAUAUUCGUGGCGUGGAUCCACGAUUAACAUCGGGGGUCUUGAAGCGAAUUAUUCCCGCUGUGGCAUCGACAAAUGCUGUGAUCGCUGCUUCAUGUGCGCUAGAAGCGUUAAAACUUGCGUCAAACGUUGCCAUUCCUAUCAAUAAUUAUCUGAAUUUCACACAGAUCUACGGAGUGUUCACUGGCGUCGUUUCCAUGGAAAAAGAUCCAAACUGCCCGACAUGUUCCGGUGGAAGUUUCAAAAUCGAUAUUUCAUCGAAUGCAACACUUCGGGAAUUGAUUGAGAAAUUGUCGGCUCGAUACCAUUUGCGCAAUCCGAGCUUAGAAACAUCCAAACAAAAAUUAUACACAAUCAGCGCAUUUAUGCCCCAACUGGAGCAACAGAGCAAGGAUAAUCUUAGCCGCGCGCUUCGAGAACUUUUAAGCGAAGGGGAAGAGUUGCUUCUCGCCGAUGAGACGCUUUCGAAAGCAAUGUCGCUCCGCUUAAAUUUCAUAUGA